AUGGCAUUCCGACAGCCGCUCCAGCAGCGGCGACAGAUACAGCGACCAGCAUCCAUCCCCCACUCUCUCGUGGCCCACGACGCCACACGUCACGGACGGGUGGAUGAGUCGCAAGAAUGGAUCCUCUUCUCGCCACAACUCGAACACGAGCCAUCCUUGACGUCGUACACUUCACAAACAUCACAUAUCCAACAUCCGCCUGGAUUCUCCGACUUUGGCUCCCUCGAAACAGGUGACCGCUCCAAGCAAAAGCAAGCCAAGGAAGAUGAGGAGGAUGUUACCUGCCAGGGUACCGAGAUUGACGACGAGGAUGAAGAGUUGGACAGUCUAGAUGAUGGACUACAUGCUUUCCACCCACCAUUCUCGCUGGAUCAGAGUGGUGGUGCCGUGCUGCCCAACCAUGAUGGUAUGGGCUCCUUCCCCGCACUGUACCACAACAACAACAACGACAACGUUCAAGAACACUUGUGGCAGUUUGAGAGGUACAACCCGUCCAAUCGCCGUCGAGCCCAACGAAGACGAAGCAGCGUUCAGCGAAAGUUCGAUGCUCUGGAAGAACAGGAAACAGACAAGCAAGAAGAGAAACGAUUACGCAUUGAGACAUGGCGUCUGGAACAAAGUCGUGCUGUACUAGAAGAGAUUGAGAAGGAGACCCGCAGACGACGACGAGAAUUGUCCAUCGUCUCACGCACAAACUCGACUGCUGCGCCGAGUACAGAGACUGAGUCAUUCUGGCAACGAGUUACUCGUAGAGUCAUCAAGGACCUCAUGGGUCUAGACGACACCACUCUAUCUGUCAUCUUUGGCGAGGAACUUGCACCAGCAGCUCAAACAACUCCGACUCAGCAGUCCCCCCUGACUGAAGUCUUCUCAGCACACCAAGAUCGAGUAUGGGAGAAUCGGCUGCUGAAUAGAAUCGCAAAAGAGCUUGGUAUACUUGCCAACCAACUCGCCGACUACGAUCGGCAAGACCGCACCUUCAGCACAUAUACCCCUUACCAACCUGAUCGACCUACACAAUCACAACCACGCCAGAUUCCACCGCCAUCAACCACGGCGAAAUCGGUCGAUGUGCCUGAGUCAAACUUUGCCCCUCCACUCUUCGCUCCCACUUUCGCAAACCCUGCCAUUUCUCCUGCUGUCGAAGCAGACACCUCACUCUGGGGCAUUCCCGAGCAACCACAAGAGUCCGCCGAGGAAGAUGAGACGUCACAAGACAAAGACAAAGAUCAAGACACGGAAUACUGGGAACGCGAUUUAGACAUUGGCGUAGUGUUCCGCUACCUUCGCAGCCGCUUCACCUCACGACCCCCAUCACCAUCUCCCCCAGAACCCCAACCACCGCAAUCGUCAACUUCUAGUAUCCUACCCCCCGCCUGGGCAUCUCCCUCCCCAGACACCACAGCAUCCGCCCUCGGCACAUCCCCAGAGUCUCGCCGAAGAGCCGAUCUCAUACGCCGCCAUCACCCGCUAGUUUCUCACGCCGCCUCUGUGUCUGCACAACGGAGACGUGAAAGCGUGUUGUUACAUACACUUAUGCACCGUAGAGCACAGAGCAGUAGUUGUGCUAGUCAGAGUACGAAGAGGACGCGUUCGGGAGGGUCGAGGAGGUAUUGGGACUUUCCCAGUAGUACGGGAAGUGUGGUUAGUGCAGGGAGUACUGGGGAAGGUGUUUUGGGGGGUUGGGGUGAGGUUUGA